CUCGAAUUCUCGACGCGUGACGACCUUAAUAAGAGGACCAACGUAGAGGAUCAAGCCAUCGGUCAUUUCCAGCAAUGUAGCUCAGCAGACGGCGCGAGCUUUUCGGAGUCUUGAGAAAGAUGCGGCCCCCGCCUGUGCCUGGAGGGCUGCCAUCCAUCCCAGACGAAGAGUCAGAUCAAGCGCCAAAAACAAAUUCAUCGCAUCCAUAUAGGUGUGCGAGGGUUCAUGUAUCGUUCAGUCUUUCUGCUCUGCCAUGCAUCCCUCUGCUCUCAUCUCCUCUGAUCUCGUGUGUGUGUGUGGCAGAUCUGCGGCGAGUGAGGAGCCCCUGCCAUCGUGGGAACAGUAUUGGCAGUCGUGCCGUGACAUUGCCAUCAACGACACUGACGUAAGCACCGCACUCGUCUGCAUAGCCCACCAGCCUGACCUGUCUGUGUCUGUCUGUCUGUCUGUGUUCAGACCUUUCGCGUCUAUCGCACCGGCACGCGGGGUCCCCUCGUCUUCUGUCUGCAUGGUGGAGGCCACUCGUCACUCAGCUGGAGCUUUGUGGCGGUGAGCAGCGACGAUUGCAGACACACAGAUCGCAUCGGCAGCAUGGCGGCUUGGCGUGGUUGUUUGCUGUUUGCAGGAGAGGGUUCGUGAGAGUGUGCGGCUGAUUGCGUAUGACUGCCGUGGACACGGCAGCACGGUGUGCGCUGACGAGGACGACUUCAGCGCCGACCGACUGGUGCAGGACGCACUCGCCCUCAUACAGAAGGUGGGUAUGUCUGCAAGCCAAUCCAAUCCAAUCCAAUCCACGCCACACUUCACGGAAAGCUGUAGACGAUUGGAAUCCCAUGCUCUGUGUGUGUGUGUGUGUGUGUGUGUGACUGCCAGGUGUUUGAUGAGGUGUGUGAGAGUGAGCCCGCCCCGGCAGAGCCCCCCAAGCCCCUCCCCAUCAAGCUGCCGCCCCAAAAGGGACCGGACAUCGUCCUCGUCGGCCACAGGUGGGCUUGUAAGACGUGCUUGCAGUUCUAUUCAACGAUUGAUUGAUGUGGUUGUCUGUUCGCUGCGCUCUGGUCAGCAUGGGUGGGGCGAUAGCGGUGCGGACAGCCGCUUCAGGGCGGGUGCCCAACCUCAAGGGGCUCGUAGUCGUCGAUGUGGUCGAAGGUGCGUCAAGACGGAUAAAUGGAUGGAUGGAUGGAUGGCUGGAUGGAUGGCUCACUGCGCUCACUCAUGCGUUUUAUGUGGUGCAGGCACAGCACUUGAGGCGCUGCCGCACAUGCGUGGGGUGGUGGAGAGGAUGCCAUCGUCAUUCGCUUCGCCCCACGAGGCCGUCGAAUGGGCCGUCAGCUCAAGUACGUCAAUCAGAGAGCCUGCAUGCCCUGGUAACGCCUCCCCCGUCUGUGUGUGCGUCCAUGUGCAAUCAGGGACGUUGCUGAAUCGAGAUUCGGCGAGGAUAUCUGUGCCUUCGCAGCUGGUGCAGCGAGAUGACCGAUGGUCAGACAGGCACACACAGCCAACACUGUCAUAUGUGUGUGUGUGUUUGUGUGUGUGCAGGGUGUGGCGGUGCGACUUGAUGAAGACGGCCGGGUUCUGGGAUGGCUGGUUCAGGGGCCUGUCAGGCCUCUUCCUGCAAUCGAGAUGCGUCAAACUGCUGCUGCUUGCCGGUACGACUGACACACGGUACACCUGCACAGCUCAGCUCUCGUGUGUCAUUUCCGAAUGAAUGUGCGUGUGUCAUGUUGUCUUCCGAUCAGGGCAGGACACUUUGGACAAGGAGCUCAUGAUUGCCCAAAUGCAGGGUAAGCGGAUCAUUCACACACACGUGUGGGAUCGGUGCGUGUCGUGCGUAUGUGUUCCACAGGCAAGUUCCAGCUGAAGCUCAUCCGCAGCGGUCAUGUCAUUGAGGUGGGUGGGUGGGUGAUCGAGAGAAGUGUUCACGUGUUGGUGGCCUACUUGUCGUGUGUGUUGACCACAGGAGGACCGGCCCGAGCAGGUGGCUGACGCAUUGGUCGAAUUCGUCACGAGGUUCAAGAUGCGAUGACGCAUGCGUCUAUGCAGCAGCUGGCAGAGGAUAGUAUAGACGUUUAGACUGCGACACAGAGAGACGGACGCUCGGAUCGGACGUUUGUCACAUGUUUAUGUAAAAUCUGCAGAUACGUGUGUCUGUCGAUUGAACGAGGGACGGGCUGAGAUGGAUGAUGUCUCUUUGAGGUCUCUGUCUCUCUCUCUCCCCGCUCCUCUCUGCGCUCAUUGAAAUGCC